GGCUAGAAAUAUUGUAAAGUAUAAUUUCAAUGCUAACAGAACAUACCUGUUGAUCUAUAUGCUGCUGCAUUGAAUCUCAUUUUGUAAUGCUAUAGAUCAUUUACUUGGUAUAUUGAAAAAUCUGUAAAAUAAAUUAACCACAGUGCUUAAUAUGUCUGUGAAAGAAACAUUAAAAGUAUUGCUUCAUCCCUAUCACGGUUUCAAUAUAUUAUUUAGCUUGAGUUACAUCUGUGCUAAAUUGAUAGAACCCCUUUGCAUCCUACUGUUUCCAGAAGGGACCUCACCAAACCUCAACACAUGGGAGAGUGAGGUUCUGUUCUUCUUGCUGGUGGUGGUGAUGUUCAGAACUCGACGCAGUGGAGCACGAACAACCAUUGCAUAUAUCACCACAGCAACAUUCUAUGCUAAAGCCUGCAAUCUCAUCCUAUGGUUCUCUGCUGAUCCAGCCAAAGGAAUAAUUUAUGUGGCCUCCCUCUUUGUGCAUUUCCUGCUGGUUGGAGAGCCUGUGUACAGCGGUCCUGAAGCCAUCACAUACUUCCAAGGCUGUGCUGCUCUGGACGAGGCGCUGGAGAAGAGCAAGUCGGAGUCCAGCGUCUGGCUAAUAGCUUUCUAUGCAGCUUGGUCGCCUCCUUGUACCACUCUUGCUCCUAUCUUCUCCAAGCUCUCUCUCGACUACGAACUCCCAAACUUGAAGUUUGGCAAGGUGGACGUCGGGCGGUAUCCCGAAGUGGCCCGCAAAUACCACAUCAACGACACGCCGCUGUCAUUGCAGCUCCCAACCAUCGCCAUAUACAGGGACGGAGAGCUGCUCAUGCGUCGACCUACUCUUGAUAGCAAUAAAAAGUUCCAAAAAUUCUUUUUCACAGAGGAUAACAUCCGGGCUGCCUACGAUCUCAACAACGUCUAUUUGGACUGCAAGAAACGAUUGAAGGAAAAGAAACAAUCCCGGGUGAAGACUGACUAAGCAUCAAUGUCACUACAUUAAUCACCAAGGAUGCAAGCCUAAACUAAUGUUUCUUAUAACAAGAAACUUAUUUUGUAUACAAGCCGAGGAAGGUUAGUUUUUGUUUUCAGGAUAAAAUGACGCAUUGUUUUAUAGCUACAACAGAGCGCUCUUGUAAAUAAAUGUCCACUGACGGA